UAUGGGAUGCUGUUGGGAACAGAGUAUUCCUCUGGGUCGUGUGCGUUUCAGCGUGUGCUUUCCAGAAGCUUGCUAAUAAUACUGAAUGUACAGUAUACUGGAGGCACAUGAGUUAUAUUGACUUGAAGAGUAACCUGUGAUUCUAGUUAUCGGUGCUGGGGUAGGGCAUAGUGUGGGCUAGUUUAAAUCAGGUUGAGCUUUCAUACAUGAAAUUGCUAAGGCUGUGAUUGGGAAUGACCCGAACAACCUGUUUUCAAUGCUGUAUACAUUGUACAUGAUAAGCCCUAGCGUAUGCAGCCUGUCUUUAAAGGUUCAGUAAUGUUACUGGAACAUGAGUGAGCUAAUGCAUUAUUCUAUAGCUUUAGAGCCAAGACAAUGUUAUUCCCAUAUUUAAAAAAAAAAAAACAAAAACAAAAAAACAGCGGGCUGGGGCAUGACAGCUCCAGAACCUGCCAGCAAUUAGAAGGGUCUCAAUUUCAGCUCGCAGCUUGUUGUGACAUCCAGCCAGGGCUCUCUGCUGAUAUGAUGUUGUCAGACACUUUAAAUAGGGGGGAGCGGGAUACUCAAGACUGGAAAACACUGAAGCUGCUUCAUAGACGAGAUAAGACCUAGAACUGAAGACCACAGUUAUAAAGCAACAGGAAAAUAGAGAGUCCAAACACAGAGAUCCAGUAAAACCAUGGCAAAAAUAGCUAAUGAAGGUUUCCUAGAUGGGCAGGGCUGGGAGUAGCCUGGAAUCAUCCAUCUGACAGCGUCUGUAUCGAAGGGCUGUGGACUGUUGACAGUGCAGUGGAAUAUCCAGUUACAUAUCAACACAGAAAUGCCGCGUCAGUUCACCAAGAUCUCUCUCCAAGAGGUGGAUGAGAAAGUUCGACUCAUGGCUGAGAAAGUGUACGCUUCAGCUCUGAAGGCAGAAGAUACUAAGAACACCUUGUCCAUGUUCACUGUCCCUGAGGACUGUCCCAUCGGCUUGCAUCAGGCCAAGGAGUGGGAGCUACGCAAAGAGAUAGAGGAGCAGAUGUCAGAGAAAUCUGUCAAGAGGAAACAGAGUUUUAAGCUGAUGCGAUCCCAAUCAAUUUCCUUGCAAAUCCCUGUCGCUCCAGACUGGGCUAUGUCUGUGAUUUCACCCCUGCUGACCCCUUCCACACCUACAGGCCCUAUGCCAAUCAAUGUCCCAGAAUUCCAGAGGGUCACCAUCAGUGGAGACUACUGUGCAGGGAUAACAGUUGAGGACUAUGAGCAGGCAGCAAAAACUCUGCUGACAGCACUCUUCAUCAGAGAAAAAUAUUCCCGGCUGGCAUAUCACCGCUUCCCCAGGACCACAGCCAGGUUUCUAAGGAGUGCCAAUAAUGAGGAUUGGAGUGAGGAGGAAGAAGUAAUGCCAGAUAUCUGCCCCCCUCCGAGUGAGGGUGAGGAUCCCUACAGUAUGGAAGACCUCCCACAGAAUCUGAACUACACCCUGAGAAUGAAAGAUGGAAUCAUAUAUGUCUAUGAUAAUGAGGAUGCCUUAAAACAGGAUCAGCCACGGAGCUUGCCAUAUCCUGACUUGGAAACUUUUGCUAUUGACUUGAGCCACGUCCUUGCCAUGAUUGCAGAUGGACCAACGAAGACCUAUUGUCACAGAAGGCUUAACUUCCUGAUGUCCAAGUUCCAACUACAUGAAAUGCUGAAUGAGAUGGCCGAGUUAAAGGAACUGAAAGGCGUUCCUCACAGAGACUUCUACAAUGUCAGAAAGGUUGAUACGCACAUUCACGCAGCUGCCUGCAUGAACCAGAAGCAUCUUCUGAAGUUCAUCCAGGACACCUAUAAGACAGAAGCGGAGCGAGUGGUGCUGGAGAAGAGCGGAAAGAAGCUCACCCUCAAACAGGUGUUUGACAACCUGAAAAUGGACCCUUACGAUCUCACAGUAGACUCAUUAGAUGUGCACGCGGGCAGACAAACCUUUCAUCGCUUUGAUAAAUUCAAUUCCAAAUACAACCCAGUGGGUGCUAGUGAGCUCCGAGAGAUCUACAUCAAAAGUGAUAACUACAUCAAUGGAGAAUAUUUUGCACGUCUCAUCAAGGAGGUUGCUCAUGACCUGGAGGAGAGUAAAUAUCAGCAUGCAGAACCCCGUCUCUCAAUUUACGGCCGAGCCCCUGAAGAGUGGGACAGUCUGUCCAAAUGGUUUAUCAAUCAAAAGUUAUACUCCCCUAAUAUGAAAUGGAUCAUACAGGUGCCCAGGAUUUAUGACAUUUUCAGAUCAAAGAAGAUUGUUCCCAACUUCGCCAAGAUGCUAGAGAACAUCUUCCUCCCACUGUUUCAGGCCACCGUUAACCCUCAGAAGCACAAAGAAACGCAUGUCUUCCUGAAGCAUGUGACAGGGUUUGACAGUGUGGAUGAUGAGUCCAAACACAGUGAUCACUUAUUCACCUAUAAGAGUCCAAAACCAGAAGAGUGGACCAUGGAGGAAAACCCACCAUACACUUACUACCUCUUCCACAUGUAUGCCAACAUCAUGGUCCUCAACAACCUACGAAAGGAACGUGGUCUCAAUACCUUCCAGUUCCGUCCUCACUGUGGCGAGGCAGGAUCCAUCACUCAUCUGGUGUCAGCCUUCCUCACAGCUGACAACAUCUCUCAUGGACUCAAUCUGAAGAAGAGUCCUGUGCUGCAGUACCUGUUUUACUUGGCCCAGGUGCCCAUUGCCAUGUCUCCACUCAGCAACAACAGCCUGUUCCUGGAGUAUUCCAAGAAUCCCCUCAGGGAGUUCCUGCAAAAGGGCCUGUGUGUGUCCCUCUCCACAGAUGAUCCAUUACAGUUCCACUACACAAAGGAGGCCUUGAUGGAGGAGUACGCCAUAGCAGCACAACUGUGGAAACUGAGCACAUGUGAUGUGUGUGAGAUCGCCAGAAAUAGUGUGCUUCAGAGCGGGCUGUCUCAUCAGGAGAAGAAACACUUCCUGGGUGAGAAUUAUCUGCAGGAUGGACCAGAGGGUAAUGACAUCCGUAGGACAAAUGUGGCACAGAUCCGUAUGGCCUAUCGUCAUGAGACUUUGUGCAAUGAGCUCAGCUUCCUUGUGGAUGCUGUCAAGUCAGAAGCGUUGGCUGCACAAGCCCUGUAAACAUGGCAGGGUGAUAGGGUAGAACACGAGUCCAUACGAGUGGACUAGACAUCAGCUAAAACCUUACACUACCAGUCAAAAGUUUGGAAACAUUACUAUUUUUAAUGUUUUUGAACGAAGCCUCUUAUGCUCAUUAAGGCUGCAUGUAUUUCAUAAUAAAUACAGAAAAAACAAUAAUAUUGUGAAAUAUUAUUACAAUUUAAAAUUAUGGUUUUCUAUUUUAAUAUACUUUAAAAUAUAAUUUAUUUCUGUGAUGCAAAGCUGAAUUAUCAGCAUCAUUACUCCAGUCUUCAGUGUCACAUGAUCCUUCAGAAAUCAUUGUAAUAUGCUGAUUUAUUAUCAAUGUUGGAAACAAUUGUGCUGCUUAAUAUUAUUUUAUAACCUGUGAUACUUUUUCAGGAUUCUUUGAUGAAUAAAAAGUUAAAAAAUAUCAGCAUUUAUUUAAAAUAGAAAUCUUUUGUAACAAUAUAUACUACUGUUCAAAAGUUUGGGGUCAGUAAUUUUUUUUUUUUUUUUUAAAGAAAUUAAUACUUUUAUUCAGCACGGAUGUGUUAAAUUGAUAAAAAGUGAUAGUAAAGAUUUAUAUUGCUAGAAAAGAUUUAUAUUUUGAAUAAAUGCUGUUCUUUUUAACCUUUUAUUCAUCAAUGAAUCCUGAAAAAAGUAUCACAGGUUCCAAAAAAAUAUUAAGCAACACAACUGUUUUCAACAUUGAUAAUAACUGAGUAUCGAAUCAGCAUAUUAGAAUGAUUGCUGAAGGAUCAUGUGACACUGAAGACUGGAGUAAUGAUGCAGAAAAAUCAGCUUUGCAUCACAGAAAUAAAUUAUAUUUUAAAGUAUAUUAAAAUAAAAAACCAUAAUUUUAAAUUGUAAUAAUAUUUCACAAUAUUAUUGUUUUUUCUGUAUUUAUUAUGAAAUAAAUGCAGCCUUAAUGAGCAUAAGAGACUUCGUUCAAAAACAUUAAAAAGAGUAAUGUUUCCAAACUUUUGACCGGUAGUGUAUCUUGCUAGAGGUUAUGCACAAAAGAGCCAUGGAAAUACAUUAUUCAGAAAGCAAGACGUGGAGCUAUGUGACUUAAUUCCUUAUACAGGUAUAUCCCUUCCCAUAGUGCCUUGUAGGUGAUGGAUUUCAUAUCUCAAAUGUCAAAUAUCCCUUAAAAAAUGGGAUGUUCUGAUAAACUCUUUCAGUAUUUUGCAUGGUUUCUGAAAAUGAUGUUUUGUUACCUUUUCUAAACAAGGGAGUCUUCGGGUUUCUUACUUGAACAGCGUAUUCUUUUGUUCAGAUGCAUGUUUUUGUAAAAAAAAAAAAAAAAAAAAAGGCACAGGAAUUGGAGAUAAAAUUUGCCUUGAUAAACUAGUUUGUUAGCAACCUGCGAUUCUGGGGCUGGGUGGUUUUUUUAUUUUAUUUUUUGGCACAAAAUAGACUUGUGUACUUGAACUUGCACAUUUUGUACUCCAACAGAGAACUGUUUUAAGGAUGUUGUAUAAUGUAUGGGUGCUUGGCCUCUAAAGAGCCACUUGAAACAUGCCUAAAUG